AUGCUGCUGCUGUCAACUCAGCUGGUCGCGUUCACAUCUCUCAGUCGAAUAGUACUAGAACAGUGGAAGCCACACUUUAAUGCCAUCCUAGAUGAUCUACUGAACGCUGAACGGAUUGAGGGGGUGUCAGGACUUUGCGCAUGCAGUGCAAAAUGUCCCAGGUGCAUCAUGGAAGAUCAUUGCAACCAGCCGUUCCAUUGGCUGGAUGUCUGGAAUGGAGAAUACCUGGAAAAACACAAUUUGUUGACAUUCGGCUUCAUUUUUCACCUAGGUCAUCACGGGAAGCCAUGUCCUCAUCUUUCAUCCAGCGCAGCGCCGGCAAAUUUCAUUGUGACUCAUACAAAUGGCAUUCAUCACACUCGCAUUCACUGGUGCCAUUGCCCCAAUGCUAAGCCCAUAAUGUCACAACUAUUCGUGUUCACCAUUGCACUCCUCAAGCAGUGGGACCUUCAUUAUCUUACAUCAAAAAAGAGUGCUUAUGACUUUGUGGUGGCACUGUGGUGCAUGACGAGCAAUUGUGCAUCGCAAAAGGUCAAGAAUCGAUAUCGUGAAUUCAACAUCAUAGCGCACAUAUGGCAACACCUCAUGAUGGUCAAGAGAAGUGAAGAUCAUCAUGGACUCAUGCUCCUCAAUUACCCGGCACAUUCAUUAACUGUGCCAUGUUUCACUUAUCCUUGGCCGAGCAUGAACAUGCCUCCAGAUUGGCAGAAGACACCAGCACAUCUUGCGUAUGUAUCCUCGAUCUCAGGUUACAUUCAUGCAUGUGAAUUGGGUGGAGAUGGCAAUCAUGGUCUGCAGAAGAAACAUAAAUGCGAUGAUCCUAAUGAUGUAAGCCUUGCGCCCAGCCAGGGAUACUUUGUUGAUGCACACAAGAUGAAAGAUUACAUGGAAGACAUUCAGUCGGAGCCCCCUCCCGAGACCUGCAGCAGUUUCAAGGUUGGACGAGCUCAGCACCCUGGAAAGUUCUGCAAUCUUGAGGUGAGUGGUGUUGUUGCCGUGAUCUGCAUUCAUCACGGGUGUUUCCAUCCUGGUGCCAUGGUAGAUUUGCAGAAGGGUGAGUGA